AUGCCUGACAUGUUCAAGGGGGAUUCCAAUCCCAAGAACCAUCUAAAACACUUCAAAAGUGUCAUGAUCCUCCACAAGGCCGACGACGCGCUCAUGUGCAAAACGUUUGCGACGACCUUGCUAGGAGCCGCCCAAGACUGGUUCCACACUCUGCCAUCCGGGUCGAUCAACAGCUUCAAUGAGCUAACUUACGUCUUCACCAAAGAAUACACCUCUUAUCGAACAAUCAAGAAGAACCCUAACCACCUGUACAACCUGUGCAAGAAGUCCGACGAAUCCCUUCGAGAUUACAUCAAGAAAUUCAAAGCAAAAAAGUCCAACAUUGUAGGAUGUGAUGACCGAAUCGCAUCCUCUGCUUUCAAGAAAGGCUUUCCAGCUGAACACGACUUGUGUCGCAAGCUGACUAUCACUCUCAGCCAGACUCUGGCAGAGGUCUACGCCACCGCAGAAUGCCACGCGCUCUGGGAUGACGAUCGAAUCGCUGCAAAAAAGUCAACUAAACAGGAAGAUCAGCCAACUAAGCGGGCAGGCCAAAGAAGCUAUGGAUUUAGAAACAUGAACAAGGACAAGCGCAGGUCGCACCCACAAGGGGAGCUACGGCAGGAGAGAACUACACCAAGUUCACCAUCCUCAUACAUCAAAUCUUAG